UUUCUUAAAGUGUUUUAAUUUGUUUAAAAAAAAAAUGGCAAUAUAUAUUUAAUUUUGUGUGUGGAUAUUUCUGAGGAAUUUGGAUAGCUUCAAAUUUCGUUAUCGUAAGGAGUUAUGCGGGGGCGGUUGGGGCACCGGUGUCUUCAUGAGAUGGUUUGCCGGGGAAGGAGCUGCUGGAUUCGGCUCUGAUCUCCAGCCUCGACCCUUCAAGAGUCAGGGUGAGUAAAAUGCAGGCUGUGCCCUCAAAGAUAACCAGCAUUGGAUUGCACAAGCAGCAGCCUUGAUGGUAAUAUUGCUCUGAGAAAGGAAAGGCUGUUCUGCAGGGCUGAGCCAGUCUGCACUCUCCUCAAACCCUGGCUAGGUUGCCCCACCCCCAGGUUGGCACAUCUGUAAAUAUUUUGCCGUUUCCCAACGCCGCCUGUACUAUGUAGACCACAAUUCUACCCCAUUUAGUGUUUGCAAAUGAAAAUGGAGGAAAUGUCUCUAUCUGGCCUGGACAACAGUAAACUGGAGGCCAUGGCUCAUGAGAUCUACACAGAUCUGAUUGACGAUGCCUGCCUGGGGCUGUGUUUCGAGGUGCACCGAGCUGUGAAGUGUGGCUACUUCCUUCUGGAUGAAACAGACCCAGAGAGUAUGAAGGACUUUGAAAUUGUAGACCAACCGGGCGUGGAUAUCUUUGGGCAGGUGUAUAACCAGUGGAAGAAUAAGGAAUGUGUGUGUCCUAACUGUAACCGCAGCAUUGCAGCCUCGCGCUUUGCCCCACACCUGGAGAAGUGUCUGGGCAUGGGCAGGAACAGCAGCCGUAUCGCCAACCGCAGGAUAGCUAGUAGUAACAAUAUGAACAAGUCAGAAAGUGACCAGGAGGACAACGAUGACAUCAAUGACAACGACUGGUCCUACGGCUCAGAGAAGAAAGCUAAGAAGAGAAAAUCUGAUAAGGUAUUUUUACAUUCUUUGAAACAACCCGGGUUUGUGAAUCCAAAUUCACCAAGAAGAUCAAAAUCUAUAAAACAUAAAAAUGGGGAACUUAGUACUGGAAGCUCUGAUCCCUAUAAGUACACUUAUAAUUCAGGUAUUAAUUAUGAAACUCUGGGUCCAGAGGAGCUGCGGUCGUUGCUGACGACGCAAUGUGGGGUCAUUUCAGAACACACCAAGAAGAUGUGUACAAGGUCAUUACGGUGUCCGCAGCACACAGACGAGCAGCGGAGGACAGUGCGGGUCUUCCUGCUGGGGCCUUCAGCAUUAACAGAGCUGUGUUCGUCCCGUUCCCCUGUGUUUCCCGGAGGCAGGUCUCUCCCAGAGCCGGAGCCGAGUGUGGAGAACGACAGCUAUGACCCCUCGGAGAACCAGGCCCUCAUGAGCCGACUGCAGUGGGAUGGCUCCUCCGACAUCUCGCCUUCAGACUCUGCUUCGUCCAAAACAAGUACCAACAACUCUGAGUCCAAGAAAACCAAAAAGAAGAAACCUCACCUGGGCCUGAGCAGUGGCAGUGGCAGCGGCAGCGGCAGCUCGCAGCAGGGGCUGGGGAGCUCUUCCACCAAGAAGAAGAAGCCCAAGCUGCUGGCACCACCUACCCCCAGCAUCUACAACGACAUCAACUAG